CCGCCUCCCUGGAAUGAGGGGCGGCGUCCUCCGUAACGCGGGGCAGCUGCAGGGAAGCCAAGCCGAGGCCGCCGCCGCCGCCGCCGGAGGGAGCCAGGGGGUGUGUUUGGGGUCAGCUCCAACCCUGCCCCGUGGGUGGGCCUGACCCCGGCCUCGGAGGAGGAAGGGGCCGAGCCAGCAGCGGCGGCGGCAGCAGCAUCGGGGCUCCCAGGCGCGCUCCUCGGCCUAGUCAGUGGCGGGCGCUCCAGUCCGUGGCGGCCCUCAGAGGCGAGCGCGAGGCGAGGCGGGCUGAGCUGCGAGGCGGAAGGGCGGCCGCCGCGGCUGCUGCUGCUUCUUCCUCUUCUUCCAGGCAGGGGCCCGCCCGCCAAGCAAGCGCCGCCGCGGCUCCUUCCUUCCCCUCCGACUGCGCCUUCUCCUCGCCGUCGUCGUCAUCGCCCGCCCGCCCCAGCCAGCCAGCCAGCCAGCGCGGCCAGGCCAGGCCCGGGAGAGGGAGCGCUGCCGGCCGGCGGGCUGGUUGGCUGGUGGUGCUGCGCCGGCGCGGCAGCAGGCCCAGGCCGGGCCCGGAGAUGAGGCCAGGAUGUCGGUGUCAGGGCUGAAGGCCGAGCUGAAGCUCCUCGAGUCCAUCUUCGACAAGGACCACGAGCGCUUCCGCAUCGUCUCCUGGAAGCUCGACGAGCUCCACUGCCAGUUCGUCGUGCUGCCCUCGCCGCCCCCGCCGCUGCCGCCCCCGGCCGCCACCACCACCACGACGACGACGACGACGACCCCCAGCCACGCCGCGGCGGCUGCUGCUGCCUCCGCCGCCGUCGCCCCCGGGGGCUGCUCGCUGCCGCCUCAGCCGCUCACCAUCCAUUGCAACAUCACGGAGUCUUAUCCCUCCUCAUCGCCAAUAUGGUUUGUGGAAUCAGAUGACCCCAACUUGACUUCAGUGUUGGAGCGUUUAGAAGACAUUAAGAGCAAUACUCUGCUUCUCCAACAACUGAAACGAUUGAUAUGUGACCUCUGCCGGUUGUAUAAUCUUCCUCAGCAUCCAGACGUUGAAAUGCUAGAUCAGCCAUUGCCAACGGCCCAGAAUGGAACGACUGAAGAGGUUACAUCGGAGGAAGAAGAGGAGGAAGAUAUGGGUGAAGACAUUGAUCUGGAUCAUUACGAUAUGAAGGAAGAAGAGCCUGUUGAUGGAAAGAAGUCUGAGGAUGAUGGCAUUGAAAAAGAGAAUCUUGCAAUCCUGGAAAAAAUCCGAAAGAAUCAAAGGCAAGAUCACCUAAAUGGUGCAGUCUCUGGGUCUGUCCAGGCUUCAGAUCGACUUAUGAAAGAACUCAGGGAUAUAUAUAGGUCACAGAGUUAUAAGACAGGGAUUUAUUCAGUGGAACUUGUAAAUGACAGCCUGUAUGAGUGGCACGUAAAGCUUCUUAAAGUUGAUCCUGACAGCCCAUUACAUAGCGAUCUUCAAGUCUUAAAAGAAAAAGAAGGUGUAGAAUAUAUUUUGCUCAACUUCUCUUUUAAGGAUAACUUUCCUUUUGACCCUCCGUUUGUGAGAGUGGUCUCUCCCGUGCUCACUGGUGGGUAUGUUCUUGGUGGAGGCGCAUUAUGCAUGGAACUUCUUACUAAACAGGGCUGGAGCAGUGCCUACUCCACGGAGUCUGUCAUCAUGCAGAUCAAUGCCACAUUAGUCAAAGGAAAAGCCAGAGUACAGUUUGGAGCAAAUAAGAACCAAUAUAAUCUAGCAAGAGCACAGCAGUCCUAUAAAUCUCUAGUACAGUUACAUGAGAAAAAUGGUAUGUAUGGCUGGUUCACGCCUCCAAAAGAAGAUGGUUAAUAUUUUUGGACUCUCCUACACUUGGACCAACAUUUAAAAAAUUUCCUUCCAACACAGAUUCAAGCUAUGAAUGCCCCUAUAACAGCCAUAUUGAAGAUCCUAGCUAAUAGAUAAUUAGUGGAUAAUCUGUUGACUGACACAUCCAGUAUAAGUUACAGCCGUACAAUUCUGCUCUUCUAUCAAGUAUCUUGGACUCUGCAGUUUAAGAUUUUACUGUAUUGUCACUCCGGAUCAAGCAAACCCAUCUCCCUCAUUUUAGAGUGUAAAUUCUUCAAACCAGGCUAUUGGUUUACUGAAAUAUCAAUCAAUAGACUUCUUCCCACCAAAUUUUUGUAUGCACUUAUUUUUUUUAUACUGCGGAGUGCAGAGAACUGCAAUAUAUUUUAUUUAAAGCCAACCAAGUUUAAUUACAUUACUUUAAUAAUAUGAUACUAAGUUUUCAGGUCUUGCUAAAUCAGUUUGUUUUUUUUCCUGGCCUAAAAUGGAAAGCAUUUGUAGUAUUGCCAAAUUUAAUGAUAUAUAGGAAACACUGUAUAUUAAAUCAUUAAACUUUUUUUAUGGCUGUAUUGAGGAUAUGAACUAUUUUUGGGAAGAGAUACUCUUUGACUUGUCAUGCUGCUUAAAGCAGAGCUUGGCUGUGCCGAUAGAACUUUGCAACUAGUCACUUCCACUGGGGCAUCCGUUUUGCUGGCAGUUCUGCUACUUGUCGGUUCUUCUAUCUCCUUCGCAGGAAGGAGCCAUAGGUCUAAAGCUUGAAGUUAUUUAAAAUACUAGAAACCUUCUCUAGGCAUUCAAUUUCUAUUAACGGGUUGUUGCAAUCAUUUGUAGACUAAUGAACUUAAAAAAGUGAUUGGCACAAAUCAAGAAGACACUCCUUUUUUAAAAAAAGAAGGAAAAAAGGGUUGUUUUUUUAAAGAAGUGACAAUAACAGGUCCCAGGAAUCUCUUGAUUCAUAGUCUUUAAAUUUUUUUAAAAAGUUGCCAUAGUCAUGACCAUGGUUUUGUUGGAAAACUAAUGGGAACAGCUCUUCCUUCUAGGAACUGGAUCUGAAUCUGUAACUGCUAUGGGUCAGUACCUGCUCUUUAUCAUUGCCUUACCUAAACAAACCACCCACACAAAAAUGGGCAUGUGUAUUUUAUUUUUAUUUUUUUGGUAGCUGAAAUUUAGAUCUUUUUGUUCCCAGGAAUUGAAUUAAGGGUGUAAGCACUUUUAGAAGUCCAGAAGAGUUUCAGCUUUACCCCACCCCUUAGUGGGGGGUGGAAUAUCAGAUUUGUGUGUGCUUUGGUGCCUCUGGGGCUUCAGGCAUGGUCAUAUAUGCUGUUCUUAGUUUGGGGGAAAAUAGGAUUUGGCCCGUAAAAGACUUCUACACAGUCUUUUAGGGAGUGCUGUGGUCGACUUGCAGCCUCUUAUCUAUCUUGGUUGUACAUAUUCCUAUAAAAUCCUAUUAGCCAGUUGCUCAGAUAGCAGCCUUAAGUCAAACGCCUAAUUCUGUAAACCUUUUUACAGCUUCUUUCAAACCUGAGGCUAAAACCUUGAAUACAUUAUGGAAUUCUGUAAUAAUUCUAAUGGACUAGCAGAAUGGCAGCUGCACAUCUUGGUUUGCUUUUUUUGUUUUCAUUUCUCAUUGCAGAAUUAUUUGGCAGUGUACAGUAAUCUGUAAACUUGCAUCAAGUUUAUGAAUAAAGAACAAUUUUAAGAAA